AUGGCGGACCCUACUGAGGCAGAGAUCGACUCUGUCUGCGAGAUGCUGCUGGCUUUCGAUACCAGAGACAGACAAAUGUUCUCCAGAGCCCUCAAGGCCCACAACAACAGCAUACCACAGGUUGUCAACGAAUACUUCGAGGGCCAAGAUACGUUCAGGGCCAAAUACUCAUGGGACGAGGGGCAGUUCAUGGCAGACCGAGAUGGCUCGAGCUUACCAAGUUUUCAAGUCCAAGGUCCCGAUCAGUUCGAUUCCAGUGCCAACGCAUGGGACCAAACUGGCACCCUUCCCGCGCCGUCGCGACCGCCGUCCAGAGCGCAAAACAGAUCACCUCUGGGUGCACCAACGACGCAGCAGCAAGCGGACGAAGACCUGAACCGAGCCCUUCUCGAAUCCACCAGCGCUGCCGCCACCAGAGGCGCCACUCCCCAGGAGAGCGGUGUCAUCAGCACCGACACCAGCCUCCCGUUCUUCGGCCCAGCCAACAGGGAGACUUACCAAGACGACCAGUGGGCCAUGGUUCGCGUGGACAAGGAGGCGUCUGACCCACCGCCAUCGGCGAGACAACGGGACCCUUCGGCGCCAGUCUUCCUCCUUUGCCGGCAGCAAGGUGCACAGAGACAUCGCCUUGGUCCGCUCAUGAUGAUCAAGCAUGACAUCCCCGCCGCGAGGAACUUUUUCUUGUCUUUGGACGCUUUCGAUCCACCUGGGUCGUAUGGGCAUAAUAACUCGUGGUGGAAGGGCGACCUCAUCCUUUGUACAAACAGCGAAUCAACGGAAGACUUGCCCGAAGCCUGGUCGAACGACUACCGAAGCGUGAAGUUGGAGGAUGAGAUCCAACGGCUGAUGGCUUUCCUUGAUGCGACACAACGCAGCUACGGAACCGCUGACUCUAUGUGCGAGAGCCCGCUGAUGAAGAGCACUUGGGGCGACCCCGUGGUACAGUUCUAUCAGAAUUUGUACCUCAAGGCCGGCUCUCAAAUUGUUCGCUCGACUAUGUGGACUCUCGUGCGUUUCGAGUCCGGGGCUGAUGAAGUUCCUGCGCCAAUGACGCCGCCCACGUCUGAGUUUGGCAUCAUCGAGUUUAGAGUACCGAAUGAGCUGUCAGACGUUCUGCACAGUCUUUACAGCUCAUGGGAUGCUCUGUUCUGGAUCAACCAGGAGUCCGAGCUUUCUGGUUUCCCGCAUGAGGAAUCAGAGCGGACUGCGUACAUGGAAAACCCAGCCGAGGUACUGACUAUGCGCAUCAAGCUGGAGGACCACCGUAUCGAGAUCCCAGAGACCUUCUACAUCGACAGGUACCUUGAGAAGAACCUCGGCACCGCCCGCAUUUUGAAAUCGCAGAUGUUCCAGAUCUGGCAGGCGCUGGCGAAGAGCAAAGACGCAGAGAACAAGAUCACGAAAUGGAAGGAUCCGGCAGAUGUCUGGAAAGAAUACGACAAGAUUGCGCUGACCAAAAAGGUCAUCGCGAAGGUUGAGAACCAAAUCUGGAAAGUCAGGGCGAACGCACUGUGGAGGAAGCACGAGCAGUCAGUUGGGACCGAGGAUGAGAUCCCGUUUCUCCCGACCGACCUGAACCACCUAGCCGAGCUGAACGAGGAAGAGGACAAGACCGUGAAGGUCUUCGAGUCUCAGAUCGACCUCGCGAGGCGCAAGCUCGAGAAUAUUGACCAGCAACUAGCGCGCCUUGGGCAGGAGAAGGAGGCAUGUUGCGACUUACUUCGGCGCAUGGCCGAGGUCUUGACAGUUCCUAGCGAGGAACCAGAGAUGGACCCGGUACACAAGUACACCUUGCGAGGAGUCAUCACAUCGCCCGAUAUAGUGUACAUGUGCAGGCGAAGAGAGGCCGAGCCUCCUGAGACGGAAGCUUCAAGCGCAAAGGUUGAUCAAUGGUGGCGUUGUGCUUGGGUAGCUGGCGAUGAGAAUCCUGUGAGGCAGGAGGCAACGACCUUUGACAAGGUUCGGGAAGCAAUAUUCACUGAAGUUGACACUGAUGGCUCGAAAGUGCCAAUCCUCGUGUAUGCGACAGACAAAGCCAUGAACGAGGAGCCGGCACCUCUGUCUGAUGCGCUCAAGACAUUCGUUAAGUUCGACAACCGCCUCUUCAAACAAGAGCUGCUGGAAGAACCUACGCCCACAGACAAGAAACGGAACGCGCCGCAACUACCAGAGUCUCCACUGAAGAGACAGAGAAGCACUAGCGUCGAUUCGAUGGCUACGAAUCGAGCGUCUCUUGGAGAUUUCAGUGAUGUGGAGGAACGAGCUGCACUGCUAGGGGACCAGGAAUUGAGAGACGACCCUUUUCAGUACGGCGACGGCACAGCCCCAAUGAGCACAGAGAUGGAGGACAUGCGGCCGAUGGGUGCCCCACCGUCCCCUCCCAUGUCGGCUAGAGACGAAAGCGACCAUGGGUCUUCCUCGCCUGGGAUCAGAAGGUCAAGUGAGAGGCUUGCCAGGAUCUCCUUGGACGGAAAGGGCCAGGACGGUGGUGAUACGAUGAAGAUGGAGGUGCCGAGGGCCCCAGAGAUGGCCGAGCGUGCGUCACCUGUGUCACCGUUUAUCGUCCGGCGGCCCAACGGUACUAUCGAUAAAAGGGCCUCUAUCAUGGACCAGGCUAUGGAAAUCGACGGCAGCAUGGAGCUGCCAGCGGUGGACGGGAACCCAGAGGACUAUUACAAGUAG